ACCACUCGUACUCACCAGGUUAGCUGAUAAACCGUAGGUUUUGUUAAUCAUUUUCAUAAGACUUGGUUAUAUUUAGGGGGUCUGUUAUACAAAUAAUGGUUUUGCACCUAGUUUUCGAAAAUGCCGGCGGGUCAAAGUGAUGUGCGAGAAAAGACGAGAGCCCGUUUUGAUGAGGUUUUGAAGAGAUAUACAAACCCUCCUUCUGAGAAAAAGAAAUCAAAACAGCGAGUUGACCAGUUGGAAGAGAAUUUUGUGCUUCAGACCUUGAGAAAAAACUUAGAUUUUAAUAAAGACACUGGGGAAGAUGAGGCCAUUCUCAAUAACACAUACAACCCUGCUCAGGCUAGCCCGAGGUUCAGUAAGAACAGGCGCAGAGAGGAGGAGGAGGUGGUGUCAGAAAAGGCCAACAUAAUCAUUAAUGACAGUGAAGAGAAGCCCUCUGUCACUUCAGUGAAAAAGAAGAGUAAAAGAACACUGCCUCCACCACCAAACUCCCUUCACGAUGAAGAAGAGAGUGAUCGGAGUGCCCAGAGGUCCGAAAUGAACUUGGGGGAGAAGAGAAGGGGGAAGCGAAGAGGAGGAGAGGACAGUGGAGGGCCAGGAGCAGAGAGUGAACCUGGAGAUGAACUCCUUCAGGAGUAUCAGCAGCAGAUCUCACAGGAGGAGAAGAGGGCUCAGAAGAAGACCAGUCAGAAGAACCAUGGUAUCGAGCUGACCAAAAGUCAAGAAGCUCUGGUAUUAAACAAUGAACUUGGAAGGAAGACGAAAAAGAAAAAGAACCUGAUGAGAAAGGAGGGAGAUGAAAGCCAGUCUGAAGUAAGAGCAGACAAUGUUAAAUCAAAGAAAAGCAUUCAGAGUGAUACUGUACAAGAGGACAAGGAAGAUGCAGCAAAACCUAAAAGGCAAAUGAAGAACAAAAGAAAGGAAGUAAUGGCUGAGGAGAGUCAGGCAGAGGUGAAGGUGUCUCAGAGACAAGUCUUUGAUGACAGUCUGGUGCUGGGAGUUUACAUUCACCGUGCAGACCGACUCAAGACAGACUUUCUGGUCUCCCACCCCAUGGUCAAAGUUCACGUGGUCGACGAGAUGACUGGACACUAUGUGAAGAAAGAGGACAGCCAUCGGCGAGUAUCUUCCUUCUAUGAACAGGAGGACAUUGAGCACAUCCUUCCCAUCAUCACUCAGCCCUUUGACUUUAAGAAAAACAAAUCCACAGUCCCAGAGUGGGAAGAGCAGGUUAUCUUCAACGAGCGCUUUGGCUACUUCCUUCAAGAUGGUGAAGAGAGUUCAAGGGUGAUCCUCUUUUUUGAGAUCCUUGAUUUUAUGAGCAUGGACAAAGCAAGAGCAAAUCCCUCUGUUGAUCAGAAUGAACGAGGAUUCCGCAAAAUUGCUUGGGCUUUUUUAAAGCUUGUAGGGACGAAUGGUAUGUUGAACAUCAACAGUAAACUGCGUCUCCAGCUAUACAGCUCUCCUCCUAGAACAAAGAAGACCACACAGACCGUUGAGGUGUUCCACUGGUGGUCAAAGUGCCCUAGGGACAGAUAUGCCUCCACUCUUUAUGUCACCGUGAAGGGAAUCAAACUGCCAGAACAUGUGGACCCUGGUGUUCGCUCCAUGAUGGCUCUGCAGCAGGAGAGGGGCAGCACCACAUACAGUGAGCUCCACACCCACCUCUCCCAGAAAACCUCCACCCUGCUGCCUGAGAGCAGAUCAGAGCCAAUGAGGUGGAGUCGCAUACCUGGACAGGUGUGUCGUAUUCCCAACAAGUUGGUGCUGUCCCUCCGUGGAGGUCAGAUGGGUUGCUUUACCCUGCGUUUCUCCCAUGAUGGGUGUGCAUUGGCUGCUGCGUGUGCAGACAGGGAUGCCUUCCCUGUUGUAGUGUAUGAGAUUCCUUCUGGCAAGGUUCUGGCAUCUUUCAAUGGCCACCUCAAUAUUGUCUAUGAUCUCUGCUGGACCAGAGAUGACGGGUACCUACUCUCAGCAUCCUCAGAUGGAACAGUCAGAGUGUGGAACGUUGAAAGGCUCCAGGCACUUGCUCAGAAGAUACUCCCUCACCCGUCGUUUUUAUACUGUGUCCAGUGCCACCCUCAUAUGCAGAACCUGGUGGUAACAGCAGGGUAUGAUGGCCUGCUCCGGGUUUGGAAUUUGGAUGUUAAGGAUGUGAACGGACAACUCCUGCAAGAGUUUGAGGGGCACAAAACCUUUGUGAAUGCAAUGUGUUUUGACAGUGAAGGGACCAGGAUGUUUUCUGCAGACAGUGCUGGCUUGAUCAUUGUGUGGAAUACUAAAACCGAGCCUGAAUCUCGCCAUGGGCCAACACGGCACUGGAACAUCGAGAAGCAAAUAAGGGAGAGUGAUCUGAAUGGAAUUCCAAUCAAUUCACUGGAAGUGCAUCCAAAUGGAAGGCGUCUCCUAGUCCAUGCCAAAGACAGUGUUUUGAGAGUGAUGGAUUUGAGAAUCCUUGCUGUAAAGAAAUACAUAGGUGCCACAAACUACACAGAGAGGAUCAACAGCACCUUCUCCCCCUGUGGGGGCUUCAUCUACUCAGGCAGUGAAGACGGACUUGCCUAUGUAUGGAACGCAGAGACAGGUGAUCAGGUGGCUGUAUACUCAGAGCUCGGCUACCCAACAGCCCUCCGGGGUGUUGCUUACCAUCCACAUGAGCACAUGGUGGCGUUCUGUGCCUUUGGGCAAAGCCAGCCGAUUCAUCUGUAUCUGUACGACCGGAAAGUUGCUCUGUUGGAGGUGGAGAGUAUGAGAAGCCUGAGGAAGGCUGAGACAGUAGUCAGUAAACCAGCGAAGAAUCCAGCCGAGCUGAAGCCAGUCCUGGACGCCUCGAUCUCAGAGAUGGACCAAUUCACAAGUGCUGCUCGCAUGUCCCUCAAAUUGCAGCGAGUCAAACAGAAACUGGACUCGGUUCUAGAGCCACAUCAUAGCCUCUCUGGCAAGGAAUACAUGGAUGAACUGGGAGACAUGAAUGAGACUAGGAGGAGCGUAAUCCAUCAGGGUCUGAACGUGUUCCUCCCUCCACCGUCUCUAGUAUCUCCUCACUCCAAGCUUCAGUUGUCCAGCUCACUCAGUGACCAUCUGAUUCCACAGGCCACACUCAGCUCCCAAACAUUUGGGCUCAAUGCUUUUGGACAGGCCAUUAGAAGGGUCCAAUCUCUAAAGCAAAGGAGCCUACCAGAUCAGGAGUUUCCUUUAGCAGAGGCUGACCUUGUACAGGUCGUGUCUCUGUACGACUAUAGAGCCAAUCGGUCUGAUGAGCUCACAUUUCGGCGUGGUGAUGUGAUCCACGUGUUGUACAAGGACAAUGACAGCUGGUGGUUUGGAUGCUUGGCCAGUGGACAGAAGGGUUACUUCCCAACUGCCUAUGUGGCUGAGGAAAAGGGUUUCGACGAAGAGCUGUCACAUGCUUUAGAGGCUCAACCCAGACCCUCAGAACAAAGAAGUCAAGAAGUUGACAGACUUGCACCAGCGAAGCUGUCUGCUGCUAUCAGUGCCACCGGGGAGUUCAAGAUCAUUUCUGAGCAGGACACUGAUGUGGAGGCCCCCUCUGUGAAAAUGAAGAAGAAGAAGAAAAAGGUGAAGAAAAGUGAAUUCUCUUGUGAUCUUCCUCCAGAAGCUUCUGAAACAUCUACCAAAAAAAAAAGACCUCUUCCAAGGUUAGGACCAAUUAGUAGUUCUUUUGUAUCUGAUGCUACCAGUCAGAACUAAAGUGUUAGGACUAGUUUGAGCUGACCCUUAGUACUGAUAAUAAGGGUGACAGAUGCAUUUCAGAGUCAGUGAUAGCCAUAUAUUUUUGUAAGCAAAUCUUAUAUAUGAAGGUGUUUUGUAAUUUUACAAUGGAUAUUUUGACAACUAGCUUUGCAUUGUUUUUUGUUUUUUAAAUAUCUUUUGUAAUGUUUUUCUGUGUUACAUUAUUUAUGUGUAUAAAUAUAAAUAAUAUAAAUAUUUGUGUGUAUAAAUGACAUUUGUUUGUAAAGGUUUGAAUAAAUUCCCAAAUGUGGUGGGGAAGAAAAUAGGACUGAUUAGGUAUAAUAUGCCAUCAGGUAAAGUGGAGUUCUUAUAAAGAGUUUAUUUACUGGAGUAACACAAGAAGCCUGCUUUUCUGAAUCAUAGGGAAGAAGGGUCAAAAGAGCAUGUGGUGAGGUCAGAGACCUGCCCAAUCACAAUGCCACCUGUUGGAGAUUAGUGAUGCUUGCUACAACACAUAAUGAUUUAAAGAAUUGACUUGCCUGGGAUCCUUGUUCUAAAAGAAUGGGUGUCGGAGCAGUUCCAACCCUUAUACAGGUCAGAAGAGCCCAUGACCAUACAAGGAUAGGGGGAGCUUCAGAAGAACACUUGGAGAGAGAAAAAGUAAAUUAAUAUUUAUAUUUACCUGUAAAUGUAUUGACGUAAUGGCCAUUACGUCAAUAUGGAUCUCACCUGCCUGAACUACUGGUUUAGCCCAGAGUGCGGCCUCCUAUAUUUAAGGGGGUGUCGAAAAGAAGGUGGAGGUUGGUGAGAUGAGACCUUUUACUCAUUUACUGAUUAUCUGCUGACUGAGCAGCAUCCAACUUUAUUUUAGACUGGUACUGAAGUCUAGUCCAGUAUUAAUUGAUAAUACUGCUGAUUCAUGUCUGAGGAACCUUAGUCCUGCUGAACUGCUGUUGUACUUUUAAAACUGUUUAUUUUCCUUUUUCUUUUUCACCUUUUACCAAUAAACUGAGCAUGCUAAGCAUA